AUGCCUUCAAAUGAAUACGGCGGCUCCAAUGGCAACGUCUCGGCGUAUCCGCCUGGUAUCCAUGUCCCUUCACUGACUUUCUUCGACUCUUCUCCGCGCCAGGAGAUCGAUUGGCACACCCAACGGCGACACCUUGCUUUCCUGGUCAAAUCAGGAAUUCAUGGAAUCGUUCUCGCUGGUACCAAUGGGGAGGCAGUCACUCUGACUCGCACGGAGAAGACUCGCCUGACAGUCCUGGCCAGAGAAGUAGCCCACGAGCACGGAAGAUCGGAUCUACCAAUCACUGUUGGAACGAACCCCAGUGGAAGCACGAGAGAUGUCAUCGAUGAUUGCGUGGCCGCGAAGGAGGCCAACGCGGAUUAUGUCCUGGUGCUUGUGCCGGCUUUCUUCCACUUUGCCAUGUCCAAGGAUGCCAUCUGCGGAUUCUUUGAAGAAGUGGCCGAGAACAGUCCAUUGCCUCUGUUGCUGUACAACUUUCCUGGUGUUGCUGCUGGUUUGAACCUGGAUAGUCCUAUGCUAGAUCGUUUGGCAAGACAUAAGAAUAUCGUCGGAGUCAAAGUGAGUGUAGUUGAAGAUGCCAAUGGUCACCAAGAGUACUGA